AUGGAGACAACUGACUCAGUCUGGGAAACUACACCAGCACCAAUGAAUGGAAGUGGCCAGGUUCUUCCUCCAAUUGUCAGCAUGGAGACACUGAUCCUGAACUUCCUGAACUUUAUCACUGCCCUAUUUGGACUCAUUGGAAAUGCUGUGGUGUUGUGGUUUCUAGGUUUCUGCAUGAAGAAGAAUGCCAUUUCAAUUUAUAUUCUAAACCUAAUAGGGACUGAAAUUCUCACCCUCUCCGUUGAGAUUAUAGAAUGCCUGAAGGAAAUAAUUGACUACUUCUACUCUAUCACUAUCUCCUUCCCUAGUUUUUUCAUCAUCUUGUCAACCUUUGCCUGUAUAGCAAACCUGAUUUUUUACAGUACCAUUAGUACUGAGUUUUGUCUCUUUGGCAUGUGCCCCAUAUGGUACCACUACCGUCGCCCAAGACACACAUCAAUUAUCAUAUGUUUUUUGAUCUGGACCCUGUCCUUUCUUUUCAGCAUCCUGCAGUGGAAGUACUGUCAGUUUGUUGAUUCGUAUUAUAUCAGUGGUUGGUGCAUGGAGUCUAAUUUAAUCAUUGUUGCAUGGAUGAUUUUCUCAUUUGUACUUUUCUCUGGGUUCAGCCUGGCCCAAUUGGUCAAAUUUCUGUGUGGCUCUCAGCAGAUCCAGCGAUCUGGAUUGAAUCUGACCACUAGACUCACUAUUUUUGUCUUUCUCUUCUGUGACCUGCCCUUAUUUAUUUGCUCAAUCUUUCUAAUGUGGACAGAAGAGGUUUCUGUUGAGUACCCUAAAUCACUUUAUCUGGUGACAGUUAUACUCUCCUAUGUGAUUAGCUGUGCCAAUCCCAUUAUUUACUUCUUUGUUGGCUUCUGUAGACAACGGCAGAGACAGCAACAGUACGGGUGGAAGAUGACUCUUAAGCUGAUACUGCAGAGAGCUCUGGAAGACUUCCCAGGAAUGGACGAGAGUGGAAGCAGGGCUCCUCAGAGACCCUAG